AAAAAACUCUUUCGUACAGAAGACCCAUUUGAUGAUGAUCAUCAGGAGAGGCAAGAAGUGGAAAUGUUGGCUAAGAAGUUUGAAAUGAAAUAUGUGAGUAUAAUGAGCAGUGUUCACCAGGGUGCGAAACCCCGUAAACACCGGAAGGAUCGGCUGCAAGAUUUAAUUGAUAUAGGCUUUGGCUAUGAUGAGACAGAUCCAUUUAUUGAUAACUCAGAGGCUUACGAUGAAUUAGUUCCUGCUUCUCUAACAACAAAGUAUGGAGGCUUUUAUAUCAACACUGGCACCCUGCAAUUUCGCCAAGCUUCGGACACAGAAGAGGAAGAUAUGACAGACAAUCAAAAGCACAAGCCACCCAAGGUUCCUAAAAUAAAAGAAGAUGACACCGAGUUGAAGAAGCGGAAGAGAAAAGAAGAAGGGGAAAAGGAGAAGAAGCCAAGGAAAAAAGCACCCAAGCAGCUGGGAGUUGUGGCUCUAAAUUCACACAAGUCUGAAAAAAAGAAGAAACGUUAUAAAGAUUCCUGUGCUCUUGCCGCCAUGAUACGAAAGUUUCAGAAAGAGAAGGAUGCAUUAAAGAAGGAGUUUAACCCCAAAGUCCCAGGGACUUUGUCAACCUCCUCUCUGACUAAGCCUCCCUCUACUGCCACAGCACUGGGGAAUGAUGUCCCAGACUUAAAUUUGAACAGUGCUGAUCCAGACCUCCCCAUUUUUGUUAGCACAAAUGAACAUGAACUAUUUCAGGAAGCUGAAAACGCACUAGAGAUGCUAGAUGAUUUUGACUUCGACAGAUUACUGGAUACUGCUUCCGAUGGUAGCCCCCUAUCUGAGUCAGGGGGAGAGAAUGGAAACACUCCCCAACCAACCUUCGCCUCUCAGGUCAUGCCCAAGGUGAUACCUAUGCUCCCAGAGGGUCUGCCUGUACUUCUGGAAAAACGCAUUGAGGACCUCCGUGUAGCUGCCAAACUUUUUGAUGAAGAAGGAAGGAAAAAAUUCUUUACACAGGAUAUGAAUAAUAUUCUUCUGGACAUUGAGUUACAGCUACAAGAGCUGGGCCCUGUCAUCCGAAGCGGCGUUUACUCUCAUCUUGAAGCUUUUGUGCCAUGCAAUAAAGAAACACUGGUGAAACGUCUCAAGAAGUUGCACCUCAAUGUCCAGGAUGAUCGUUUAAGAGAGCCUCUGCAGAAACUGAAAUUGGCUGUUAGCAAUGUCAUGCCUGAACAGCUGUUUAAAUACCAGGAAGACUGCCAGGCGCGUAGUCAAGCUAAGUGUGCCAAGUUGCAAACAGAUGAAGAGCGAGAAAAAAAUGGAUCAGAGGAAGAUGAUGAUGAGAAACCAGGAAAACGAGUCAUAGGACCAAGAAAGAAAUUCCACUGGGAUGACACCAUUAGAUCUUUGUUAUGUAACCUGGUUGAGAUCAAAUUGGGAUGCUAUGAGUUAGAGCCAAAUAAAAGCCAGUCUGCUGAGGAUUAUCUUAAAUCCUUCAUGGAGACAGAGGUAAAGCCCUUGUGGCCUAAGGGCUGGAUGCAGGCAAGAAUGCUGUUUAAGGAAAGCCGAAGUGUACAUAAUCACCUUACUUCUGCUCCGGCAAAGAAAAAGGUGAUUCCUGCACCCAAACCCAAAGUAAAGGAGGUGAUGGUAAAGACUCUUCCUCUCCACUCUUCCCCCACUGUGCUUAAGGAGUGUAGUCCAAAAAAGGACCAGAAAGCUCCUGCAUCUUUGGUGGCUUCAGCCAGCGGUCCGUCCAUGAGCUCCGGUACGUCCGUCGUUGCCUCCGCCAGCUCCGGCUCAGCCCCAGCCCAGGAAACCAUCUGCCUCGACGACUCCCUGGACGAGGACCUUGCUUUCCACUCCCCUCCGCUGGAUCUCGUUUCUGAAGCUUUAGCUGUCAUCAAUAAUGGGAACAAAGGCCCAGCCGCUGGCUCAAGGAUGAGCAUGCCAGCUGCAAAACCUCGGCCAGGACUGAGAGAAGAAAAGUUAGCAAGUAUCAUGAGCAAGCUGCCACUGGCUACACCCAAAAAGCUCGAUUCUGCUCAGACUGCACACUCGUCAAGUCUUAUCGCUGGUCACACAGGGCCAGUACCAAAGAAACCCCAGGAUUUAGCUCAUACUGGCAUCUCUUCCGGCCUUAUUGCUGGUUCUUCAAUUCAGAACCCGAAAGUCUCCUUGGAACCUUUGCCAGCCAGGCUACUCCAGCAAGGACUCCAGAGGUCAAGCCAGAUUCACGCGUCUUCAUCCUCACAGACUCACGUCUCCUCUUCUUCCCAAGCCCAAGUUGCUGCUUCCUCUCACACUCUGGGAACGUCAGAGGCCCAGGAUGCGUCUUCGUUAACACAAGUAACAAAGGUGCACCAGCAUUCAGCUGUCCAGCAGAACUAUGUGUCUCCAUUACAAGCCACCAUUAGUAAGUCACAGAGCAACCCAGUGGUGAAGUUAAGUAAUAAUCCCCAGCUUUCCUGUUCAUCCUCACUAAUUAAGACUUCCGAGAAGCCGCUGAUGUACCGCCUCCCCUUGUCCACCCCGUCACCUGGAAAUGGUUCUCAAGGCUCCCACUCCCUAGUUUCUAGAACAGCACCAAACACCACUACCUCCACUAAUUAUUUAGCCAAGGCUAUGGUGUCACAACUAACCACGCAGGGUUUCAAAUCUCCCUUUUCAAUGGCUGCAUCCCCCAAGCUGGCCGCGUCUCCCAAGCCCGCCACAUCUCCCAAACCCUUGCCCUCACCGAAGCCUUCCGCCUCGCCCAAGCCCUCUCUGUCAGCUAAGCCUUCAGUAUCAACUAAACUUAUCUCUAAGUCCAAUCCGUCUCCCAAGCCUACUGUAUCCCCGAGUUCCUCCAGUCCAAAUGCACUAGUAGCCCAGAGUAGCCACUCUGCCAGUAACAACCCAGUCCAUAAACAGCCCGGUGGAAUCAAUAUCAGCAGACAGUCUCCCACCUUGAAUUUGUUGCCCUCUAAUCGCACUUCAGGCCUUCCAUCUACAAAAAACCUUCAGGCCCCUUCAAAGCUAACAAACUCAUCAUCCACUGGAACUGUUGGCAAGAACAGCUUGAGUGGAACUGCAGUGAAUGUACCUGCCAGCAGAGGUAGCAACCUUAACUCAAGCGGAGCUAGUAGGACUAGUCUAUCUGGGGGAACAGGAAGUGGAACACAGGGUGCUACUAAACCGUUGUCUACUCCACAUAGACCAUCCUCUGCCUCAGGGUCUUCAGUGGUAGCAGCCAGUGUGCAGUCCACAGCAGGAGCAUCAUUAUUGGCUAAUGCCUCACCUCUGACCCUCAUGACAUCACCCUUGUCUGUAACAAAUCAAAAUGUGACUCCUUUUGGGAUGCUGGGUGGCCUUGUUCCAGUGACCAUGCCCUUCCAGUUUCCCUUGGAGCUACUUGGCUUCGGAACGGACACAGCUGGAGUGACAACCACCUCGGGAUCUACCUCAGCCGCCUUCCACCACAGCCUCACUCAGAAUUUACUAAAGGGUUUACAGCCAGGAGCUCAGCACGCAACAACACUUUCCCACUCACCUCUGCCUACACACUUACAGCAAACAUUUAAUGAUGGAGGCCAAAGUAAAGGGGACACUAAGUUACCGCGGAAAUCUCAGUGACUUCCCAGCGAGCAGAGAGACGAAAUGUUUAGCUGGCUGAUGGGAUCUACCUGAUGGGGAAGUCCUUUCGUGGUCACAGGGCUGCUGUUUCUGUCGAUGUUUACAUUCUCGUCCCAAGCACUGUGGUGAGGAGGAAAAGGAAAGAAAAUGUUACUUGAGCAAUGCCAGGUGCAGGAGGAAGAAAUGCUUUUGUGCAAAGUUAGUGACCUUUGGUCUCUCCUAAAGAAAGACAAAGUUACCAUGUUAACUGACUCAAAAGAGGCUCAGCUGUCAAACCCACAGAAGUACAAAUUCGAUUUUUCCCCGGGGAGGAAGAGGAAGUUGAGAGGAUUUGGGUAAAUGCCAUCCAUCCUGGGGGUUGGAGCUGAACACUUGUAGACAUAACCACAUAAUACAAGCAGUAGCUUUGGAAUUGGGCCAGUUCAUCAGGAGUAAUGCUCAUGUCUGCUCAAGUGAAUAGUGUAGGAGAUUUGCCCCAAAUUGAGUAAAUAACCUUACGCCUGAUAACAGAUAGCAGCUGAAGAAAUACUUAGCCUCAAACAUCCUGAGCAAACUUGAAUCUUUCCCAGUAUGUAGCAACUCCGGUGUACAUCAGUGGACUAAAGAUGCAUCAGGAAAUGUACUCGAGCACAGUGAUAUAUGUAAUUAAAUUAUCUAGAUUUUUAGAAGUCAAGAAAUUGAGCCUGUUACUCUUAACAGACAAAACAUAAUGUCCCCUUUUUGUAAAAGGGUCAAUAUCAUCUUCCAUUUAGAAGCAGGUACUUAACUCUUUCCUUCAGGUGAUUUAUGCAUCUGGUAUUGACUGGUUAAUUUUAUUUCUAGUCUUGAUGUUAAAAUGUGACUGUGUUCACAUUUUUCACUUGAGAAAUAGGAAUCUUUGUUAUCGGGCUGCUGUUUUCCUGCUUCUCGCCCUGGCAGGCCUCCCAACAAGAACUGUGAGCUCUCCCCAGUUCACCUCACUUUACAACUUCACUUUCUGGUUUUUUAGCUACUGAUACUUCAGGUGAUUGUUAGCUAUUAAUAAAAACAGGUAGAAGUGUAUACUACAUAUAUUUUUUUCACUGGUCAUCUAAAUAACACAUAUAUAUAUAUAUAUAUAUAUAUAAAUUUUUGGGUUUUGGUCGUAUUUUUAAGGAAAAGAAAUACAUCAGGAUCAUUAUAUAUACAAGAGUUGUCUUUUAUAACAAUCACAAUCUAAUUUACCUUCAUAUAUCCAUGUAGUGAAAUUGUUUGGAGCAUUUGGGAUCUUAAAGCUUUACCAGUAUUUACUCAGAGUGUUGAUAAUGUCAGUAAGCCUGCAGAUAAUAAGUUCCUCAGUUACUAUAGCUUCCUUAUGCAAAUAAUAGUUAACAAAGGGAAUUAAGGGAAGCAUUUGUAUUUCUCUUUGGAUACAUUUCGUUUUAUUUUGCCUCAGCAUCAUUCUGGUAUCUCUUGAGUUUUAAACUUGUGAAUAUUUUCACACUAUACCCAACAAUUGCGUGAGCUCUUAAAUGUAUAACUUUGGUCCUUUUAGAUAACAACAGACUAGCACCCCCCAAAAUGGCACUAAACUAGCAGUAGCAAGAUUUUUCUCAUAUUUUCAUCGUUAUCACCAGAGUCUUUUUUUUCUUUUAUAAGCAGAAGUCCCAAAUUGCCUACACGACUGUAAAUGAGCCCAGGCCCACUCAGACCGUGUGCCUAUAUUUUGGCACGUUGGCUUGCUUCAUAGCAAAAAAAAAAAGGCAAGUAACUGAAUUCUUCAGAUUUAAGAACUUGUUAUCAUAAAAGAACCUGAUUAAUUCACAGUAACCAUUGAUGGGUACUGGGAUGUUGCAGAGGUUUGACUUGAAUCCAGUCUGUUUGAUUAAGAUUCAUUUUGUUUUUUAAGUAGGGAAGCGUUCUCAACUCUGAUUUAUUCCGGGGAGCAGACCUCUUAUGUUUGCCUUUGCUAACCCUAGCUGGGCUGGUGGUGGGAGUUUCCUUUGGGAAGGUAGCCUUUGUUUUAUUACUUCUGCCAGGAGCGAGGUCAGAGUGCAUAUUAAUCUCUCUUCCUGCUGGGUAUACAUGUAUUUAUCUAUGUUUGUAUGUGUGUGUGUAUACACACAUGUAUAUUCAUAUAAAUUAAUGGCUAGUAUAAGUCAAAGAAUAAUACUGUAAUUUCUUAAACCCAUCAGUUCUGAAUCAUGCAAAGUGAAGAUCCCUGAUGACUCUGAGUUUUUUGUUAUCGUUAGAAGAGAACAGAUUUAAUAAUUCUGUUCCCCGAUAUCAUUUUAUACUAACAAGUCACAAUACUUGAAGGCCCAUGGCUCUGCAAAUAUAACAUGGAGAUUCUCCCUUCUCCUCGAGGACUGCAGUCAAACGCCUGCCUCGGCACCCACCCACCCCUCUUCCCAGAUCAGUUUACAUCCAUCUCAGUCAAGACCCUCCUUUUGUGUUGUACAAAUGGGAAAUGGGUCAAAAUCCUUGUCUUUCUCCAUAGACAAAAUAUAAUCAGAGUUUCUACAUGUAAAUAGAACUUAUUUCUUUCCUAGAUCAUAACAUUAACAGUGGUGUCCAUGCUUUAUGGUCAUCUCUCUUUACAGUUUUAUUACUAAAAAACAAACAUAUAAAUUGGUUAUUUUUUAACACAGAGACUUGACUCAUACUGUAUUUUUGCACUUAAAUUAUGUUAUUUUUUAAAACGGUAAUUGGAAAGGAUAUCUAUAGAGCAAUGUGUAUUCUAAAGAGCAUUAGCAACAUCCAAAUGCAAAAGUAAUCAGCACACUUAGUUACAUCCCACUCGGAGGGAUUCUUGAUUCAGGAAGAUUAAGUUAUUUGUUUCCAGCUGUCUUACUUUGAAAUUGCCUUCACUGAUAUAUAAGCUGUUACUGUACAUACAAGUUAAUCCUCAGUAUUCACAAGCAAUAAUGGUCAGUAGAGCUGUCCUCAGAGAUGGCUCUGCUGGACCUCAGUUGGAGACUGUUUGGGAGCAAAGUGUCAAGCUCAUUCAGAGCCUCUAGAUUAAAUGCAAGCAAUAAUUUCCAUUGUAAGUGAAUUAUAAUUCUCUCUCAUAUGCUCUGAGAUCAGAGGGUAGGAAAUCAUGAUUUUAAAACAGCCUGAAUAAAAGAUUUUGGGAAAAGAAGUGAUGCUAACCUAUAGUCACAAAACCCUGAUACAGUACUUUGAAGAAAUCAAGAGGAUUGCGCCAGUACAUUCUUUCAUGCCCACCACCCCUUUGAUGGAUGAUGUCAGCCCAAAUUCCUUCAUUGUGUGUCUUAGACACUGAAUAGGGUUUGGGGGUCACCAAGGUGAGGGGAAGGUCCAUGUUUGAAUACUGUGGGUUUGACACCUGUUUGGAAACAACUUACUGGAACUGGUUCUUAACCCAGGAUAUUCUUUUUUUCCCAAAGCAGAUCCAAAUUGUUUACUACCCGGGAAUGGAAAGGGCAGGCAGCACUAGUCUCUCACCUCUGGUUGCCCUCUCCCAUCCCCCUUUCCAUCUGACUUGGAUUUAAGACAUUUGAAAUGAAAGUUCUACUGUUACUUAAACUGCCAUUGAUUAUGAGAACUCUUUGUCUUUGGGAUCAUGUCUAGAACUCCAGUUAUCUGUCAUAUUUGCUGCUACAUUUGAAAAAUGAACUUGGCCCAUAUUGGUUGACUUUAAUUUACAGUUCUUUAUUUUCUAGUUUUUGUCACAUACUUUGACCCAUGUAUAGGAUUAGGAUACUUUUAUUUUAGGAGUGUACCAUAAAAGCACACUGGUCCCUGUAUUGUUAUCAUUUAUGUUUUGAAUUUGUUUGCUUUGUCCUUUGGUUUUUAUUCUGUUUUUCAAGUUGGAAAUAGAAGAAUGAAAAAAUUCUAUAAUCAGGCCAAACUUGAGAACUUUCCCUGUGCAUCAGCACCACAAUGUCUGCUGAGCUGUGUUCUCAAAGGGGCACUUUGACUUCCUACUCUGCAUGUACAAUUUUUUUGUUUGGAGGGGGGAUUUUGAUUUUGUAAAAAUGAAGCAGAAGCGCAGUAGUAGAUAAAUGACUGAUCACAAACGUUAUGCAAUUUUAUUUUAUAAAAUUUUAAGGGAAAAGUUUAA